CUGACUCAUCUGAUUUAUUUCUAAGUUAUCAGCAUCUUUUGCAUACCCACCCAAACAAGAAAUGCAUAAGGUUACGUGCCUUGACUUCUAAUAACAGGUGGUCGUCAAAGUACAGGGUUGGACAUCAUAGGAUUUCUACUACUCGGGUUGCUGCAACAGUCAUGGAAUAUUAUCAGUGUGGAAUUGUAUUGCGAUAUGUAUUUUUUCUAGCUCUGACUUUCAUGACUAAACAUUGCGUCCACGCAGAGAGUGGUUAUAGAUUAGUAAAUAUCGCCAGCCCCAGAACUAACCCCGCAGCCUGUGGAAGGUCGACGGCGUCCUGGGUAUGUGAUCCAGGGAGAGUUAUCAGCGAGGAGGAAGCUGUGCGACUGAACCAUCUGAUUGACGACGUUCGUAAGCAGACCCCAUGUGUGUGCCUGGACAAAAGUCGCUGUGACGCGAGCGCCCCUGGGAUAGUAGUGGGUGUGUUACUAGUGCCAAAAGUGAGCCCACCAGAUGGAUCCAGCGUGGGACAGGAGAUGAACAGAUGGGCGAAGGAACUUGCAACUAGUCGCUGGAGUUUUGGAGCCUGUAGUGACGAUAUAGUCAUUGUAUUCUCACGAGACGAUAGCAGACAACUUGCGGUUUAUGCAAACGGCCGGGUGGCGAGCAGGGUCGGUGGCCAACCUUGUCUUAUAAGCAUUCUUCAGGGCGUUCAACCAUAUAUGUCCGCAGCAAAAUAUGCGGAGGGAAUGAAUUAUGCCGUGUCCAGUUUUAAGAAAGUCAUACUCGAAGGUGUCUGUCCAAAUCCGGCCAAUUCUCCGGGGCAUAAGUACCCCCCUGCUGGGUCCGGUGACAGUGGUAGUAGCAGCAGCAGUAGCAGCAGCAGUAGCAGUAGCAGUAGUAGUUCCAAUGGGGGUACCAGUAACAGCAGUGGUAGCGGUAGCCAAGGGAAAAGCACAAACAUGGGGCACAGCGCCGGAAAUGUCAGGGCAGGAUCUUUGCUGUUCUCUCUUCUAAGCAUAACAUUAAUGCUGGUAUCGUAACAUUGACUGACAAACAUCCUCUUACUUUUAAGAAUAUGUAUUAACUGUGGAUGGACCAGUCUAAUUUCUGUAGAAUUCUACGUUUCUGACCAAUCCUCAUACCCGGUGAAUCUA